AUGGAGAUCGCCCUGGGGCCCCUGGAGAACGGCGGUGCCAUGACUCUCAGAGAAGGAGGUGAGGCCAGGGAGGGCUGCAGUGAGGCAGCACCGACGGCUGUGCUUGGUGAUGACUGCAAAGAACUCGCGCCUAGAGGGGGCGGCGGCUGCGGCGGCAACGUGCAGAGGCUCACAGAGCCAGGGUAUCUGCCUCUGUCGCCACGGCCCCAGGAGCUGCCACAGCCCAGAGGGUCGCCCCCGGAGGAAGAAGAGAAAGACGAUGAGACCAGCUUGGGCGUGGCAGAGGAGCAGACGCUGGGCGCCGGGUCCCUUCAUCACCAGCGCGUCCUUAUCAACAUCUCCGGGCUGCGAUUCGAGACGCAGCUGGGCACCCUGUCACAGUUCCCCAACACAUUGCUGGGCGACCCCGCCAAGCGCCUGCGCUACUUCGACCCCCUGAGGAACGAGUACUUCUUCGAUCGCAACCGGCCCAGCUUCGACGGUAUCUUGUAUUACUAUCAGUCCGGGGGCCGUCUGCGCAGGCCGGUCAAUGUCUCCCUGGACGUGUUUGCCGAUGAGAUCCGCUUUUACCAGCUGGGGGACGAGGCCAUGGAGCGCUUCCGGGAGGACGAGGGCUUUAUCAAGGAAGAGGAGAGGCCGCUGCCCCGCAACGAGUUCCAGCGCCAGGUGUGGCUCAUCUUCGAGUACCCAGAGAGCUCCGGGUCAGCGCGCGCCAUCGCCAUCGUCUCUGUGCUGGUCAUCCUCAUCUCCAUCAUCACCUUCUGCUUGGAGACCCUGCCCGAGUUCAAGGACGAACGUGAGCUGCUCCGCCACCCGCCGGUGCCCCACCAGCCUCCUGCUCCCGCCCCGGGGGCCAAUGGCAGCAAUGGGGCUAUGGCACCUGCCUCUGGCCCAACGGUGGCACCUUUGCUGCCCAGGACUCUGGCUGACCCCUUCUUCAUCGUGGAGACCACGUGUGUGAUCUGGUUCACAUUCGAGCUGCUUGUGCGCUUCUUCGCCUGCCCCAGCAAGGCUGAGUUCUCGCGCAAUAUCAUGAACGUCAUAGACAUUGUAGCCAUCUUCCCUUACUUCAUCACGCUGGGCACCGAGUUGGCCGAGCAGCAGCCAGGGGGCGGGCAGAACGGGCAGCAGGCCAUGUCCCUGGCCAUCCUCCGGGUGAUCCGCCUGGUGCGCGUCUUCCGCAUCUUCAAGCUCUCCCGUCACUCCAAGGGGCUGCAGAUCCUGGGCAAGACCCUGCAGGCCUCCAUGCGAGAGCUGGGGCUGCUCAUCUUCUUCCUCUUCAUCGGUGUCAUCCUCUUCUCCAGCGCCGUCUACUUCGCAGAGGCUGACAACCAGGGCACCCACUUCUCUAGCAUCCCGGAUGCCUUCUGGUGGGCGGUGGUCACCAUGACCACGGUGGGCUAUGGCGACAUGAGGCCCAUCACUGUCGGGGGCAAGAUCGUGGGCUCACUGUGCGCCAUCGCCGGGGUCCUCACCAUCGCGCUGCCUGUGCCGGUCAUCGUCUCCAACUUCAACUACUUCUACCAUCGCGAGACAGACCACGAGGAGCAGGUAGUGCUGAAAGAGGAGCCGGGCAUCCAAAGCCGGGGUACCUCCCUGGACGCUGGAGGCCAGCGCAAGGCCAGCUGGAGCAAGGCUUCCCUUGGCAAGACUGGGGCUUCCUUAGAGAAUGCGGAGGGCUCCCGGAGGGGCAGCUGCCCCCUGGAGAAAUACAACCUCAAGGCCAAGAGCAAUGUGGAUCUGCGGAGGUCCUUGUAUGCCCUCUGCCUGGACACAAGCCGGGAAACAGAUUUGUGAAGGAGACUGAUGGCAGUGGGCUAGAGGAAACAGCGUCCCUUCCCCCCAACCUGGGCAUCCUCACCUUACCACAGAGUAUUGCAAGCUUACCCUGUCACCCCUGACUGUCCCUCCUCUGUCACUCCCCUCCCUCGGUCUCCCCGCUUUUCCCUUUUCUUUCCAUGACAUUAAGGGUCACCUAUUUUUAAAAAGCACCACAUUCCAUGACGCAGGACUUGUUGAAAUGGUAAACGCUGUAGAAGGAUGUAUUUGGUGGCUGCUUUCCUAUACCCAGCAGAGGGAUAACCCAAACAACAACCAAAAAAAAAAAAAAUGACUUUAAAUAGCCCAGAUCCCAGGAGACUUUUUGACCUCUCUACCCAUGGGUUCAAGUUUGCUUUAUAUACAGUUGCAUUUGUGUAUGGGGGUGGGGAGACAUUAUUUUUUGUGGCUGGGGAGUAGAGUUUUGUACUGUAGUUCAGAUGGAGAUAUUUUGGGUAAAUCUUCAAGAUAUAUGUUGUACUUAUGGGAAAGAGUUGUUGGGAUGUUUUCUGUGAACUCACCAUCGGAGUAGGAGAGUCCAGUAUUGAUGUUCUCAUUUCUUGGGUUUUUGAAGUCUGUCUCUUUUUCUGAGCUGUGUUAUCGUUGCUGUGUCUCAGGCAGGGAAUGUUCUGGAAGGAAGGCAAGUCUGACUUUUGUGUGCGCCUUAAACAAUCCUUUUCUGAAAAGCAUUUCAAGGAUGUUGGAGAAAGACUUUGGAUCCUUCAUCAUUUUUAUCCCAGGAAAUAAAAUGAUGUUUGGUUG